CAGAUUAAUUAAAUUAGGGUUUAUUCAAAUUGAGAAAGAGGAACGAUCAAAUUAUUUCCGUACAAAAAAUGGCAACCAAGACCCUAAUUCGCACCGGAGCCUCACUUAUGAACCGAAUGAUAAAUCGUCAAAUUUUAGCUCAUAGCCUGGAAAUUACUCCACAACUUUUCCCUUCUAUUUCCAAGUUUCAAAACUCUCUCCAUUUUCCCCAAAACGACACCCUUUCCAUCACCAGACUCUCCAAUGAAGGGUUCUUGCAUCCCUCUGGCCUCCCUUCUCUCCGAUUCUUCUUGCCCGAUGGUGACUCAUCAAGUGAGCCAAUGCUCUUAUUCCCCAAAAGGACAUUCCAACCUAGCCUCAUCAGGCGUAAAAGGAAUCAUGGGUUCUUUGCACGCAAGGCAACCAAGGGUGGUAGGAAAGUCAUUGCUCGAAGAAUAGCAAAAGGUCGGUCGAGGGUUACUGCUUAGCAUCUCUGUCAGCUUUUCUGCAGGAACAAAGUAUUUCACAUUUAGAAGCUGCCUUUAGUCGUUGUACGAGUAAGCAAAUCAGAAAAAGCCUUCUCCUUUUUGGUGGCUUAGCCUACCCGAAAUGUUCUUUUAGGAAAUUGCAAUGAUGUUUAGAAUCAGACUUUUUUUUUGUCAAUUUAUGAUAGUCUAUCUCUACAUAAAUUUUUUGCAUGAAUUUGAUGGAACUUGUAACUUUAUGCAUACCAUCAAUGCUAGUCUUGGCAUGUUUGGGGCGA